AUGUCGAAGUACGAUUAUCCGACACUCCCCCAGAAAGAGAUCAUCGGAGUACUCGCCGAAUCCGAAGUUGCCACCGUCUCCGAAGCCGAACUCAUCAACCCUAGACCUGACUUCAUCAACAAUCUCUACACUCAAAUACUCGUUUGCAUCAGCCGUCUCCAGGAAGAUCAAGGACUAGUCGAAUUUGCAGACUUAGAACAACGUGAGAACCCGGAUUUGCAUGUUGACUCUAGGCUCAUGGAUGAAUUAAAUCCAGUGUUGGAAGAUUUGACAAAUCUUGGUGAGCAACAACAGGAGGUCGAGGGUAGAGUAUUAAUGUUGAGCACAGUGAUAUCAGAGAUUAAUGAAUCAAAGGAAAGGGAGAUGCCUUUCAUUCAAGAAGUGGAGAUCAAAAUUAAAGAGCUUCGCCAAACCAUUUCAGCUCUUAAGAAUCACCAAAUGUCCCUAAAAGCUACAUUCAGAAAAAAGAAAGAUGUAGAAAAAGAAAUGGAUGAAAAGGUAUCAAGUGCUGAAUUUGCUUUGGUUCAAAGUGCUCAAGAAAAUGCAAGUCUGCGUUCCAAAAUUGUUCAAUCUCCAGCUAAACUACAGAAAGCACUUGAGGAGAAGAAAGCAGUUCAAAUUGAGGCUAAGAAUGCAGAAAGAGAAGCAAUGCAAUCUUUUCUUGAACAAACUGCCACCCUUGAAGUCUAUGCAAAGGCUAGCAAGAAAAUGACCAAACAUCUGAAGCAGAUGCAGACAUGA